ACUCGUACGGACGUCGUCGUCGUCGUCCUCGCCGGUAGUCCUCGUCGUACACUACUGUUUUUCGAGGCAACCUCUCUCUAUCUGUCUCUCUCUAUCUCUAUCUCUCUAUCUCUACGGUUCUACAUCCGCCGCAUCCGUCGUCGCGGAAUCACCUGCGGAGCCUAGAUUCACAGAGGUUUCGGUCCACACCCCAGUGCGUUGAACAGCCGGCACCGAGAUGGCAGCGUUCGUGGCGAAGCAGAUGGUCGGGAACAAGCUGAACGCGGUUAAAGGAGCCGUUGGUGGCGAAGGCGGAGACGAAGAUGACAAGGAGAAGGAAGAGGAGGCCGAGAGGGAAAGGCAAGAAGCCAUCCGGGAGGCUGAGGAACGAAGGAAGGAGAAGCACCGCAAAAUGGAAGAGGAACGGGAGAAGAUGCGACAGGAAAUCAGGGACAAGUAUAAUAUAAAGAAGCGGGAGGAGGUGCAGGAAGCAACCCAGGAAGAACCGAAUCCUUUGAUGCGUAAGAAAAAGACGCCGGAGGAGUUGGCCGCGGAAGCCGAGGCGGAAGAACAGGACGAGAUUACCAAAAUCAAGAAUGCGUUCGACACGCAUAUACAAGACAUCAAAGCGCAAGUACUAGAAGGUAAAUGCGACCUUCAAUAAGCCUACCUACACCCCUACCCCGAGGCGGUCGGUAAGCAGGGUGGCACAAUGUGUCACCAGAACCGCCACCGCUGCCGCCGCAUCCACCACCUCUCCAGCCCCUACGACACCACGAGGAAGGGAACAACGAUACGAGAAGCCAUCAGCGUCGCCCGUUAUCGUCGUUGUCGUCGUCGUCGUCGUCGUCGUCGUCUUCGUCGUCGUCGUGGUUGUCCCGUUGUUCGAGUACAGAUCGAUCCGGAGAUUCCAAUUGGCCAGUCGUCCCUUUAGAACGUAGAGGGAAAACGUCGCACGGCGAGCACUCGAGACGCCGCAAGAAACACCCUCUCGAUGCGUCGGGGUAUCGAAGAAUCGAACAACCGAUCGCGUCGAGGGUUUUCUUCGGGUACGUCGGGAACGAUCUCGAGGAACAGAGAGCGUCGCAAACGGUAAAGCCGCGAGAGCUUAGAUCGAUAUAUCGAGAGAAAUUCAAAGGUGGUCGGCAUUGCUACUCCCUACGCUCCCCCAUCUGCGAGAAAAGAAGGCACAUCGUCGUUGUCGUUGUAGUCGAUAUCGUGGAACAGCUCCGCGACACAAAAGUUCUCGAGAAGUACACGAAACAAAUUAGAAGACUCGUCGAUAAGUCCGAUAACCGGCCGGGGGAGUCUCUCCACGAGAACAGAAGACACACGAGCGGAAAUCGGAACAAGCUAACGAGGGCUCACGUCGACGCGUAUCAAAAUAUCGAACGAUAUUGUAACAAACCAGGGAAAAACGUCCAAGCUUGUUUUUCCGUUAUGAUCUACGGUGAUCGGUGAAACUGAACGUCAGGUGAUCGGAGAAUUCGAGAGAUUUCGAAAAGAGAUCUCACCGAUAGAUGCGUACGAAAUGGAGAAAUCACCGAAUGAUCGAUCUCGUGGAGAGACCUGGGACGAUGGGAAAAUGUUUAAGGGACGAAGAGAUCGUUCGGUAAGAACGAGGGUAUACGACGUUCGAUGAGAACCUGUUUCGUGACCGGUACGACUGGGGAAAGAUGUACGAGAGACGCGACGAAUUUGGAAUUCAUAAAGAAAAACGGGGAAGACAAACCGAUGGCGAUCUUUAACGGGGACGAUGACGGAACGAGAGACCAAUAGGAGCUGCGGCAUACGCGAGGACACGGAAUGAUCGUUUGCGCCUUACGAUUCAGAGAAGGAAAGAGGACGGUACGACGAUCAAGCGCAUGGAGAGAAUUGUCGAAGACAAGAGAGAGCUGAUUCACUCGUCGAAUGAGGACACACCAGCGAAGGGAACCGAAAGGAGAUCGUAAAAGCAUCGAUCGAUCGGUUCCGAGCCUCUUCGGCUAUCGUACGAACGUCGUGGCGCAGACGAAACGUGAGCAGUCGAAGGGCGCGUGCAUAUAAAUAUACUUAUAAAAAU